AUGUCUGAUAUACAGUUGAAGCUUUUAAAGCUUGUUGACUCGAAUAAUGGAGUUGUCAAAAAUACUUUAGAUGUCACUGAAUUGACCAACAUUGAUGCCAACACUUUACAUUCUAAUUUGGCUUCUCUUUGGUCAAAAGAAAUGGUGAAUUUCACUAGAAUUGAGCAAGACCACUGGGUAUUGACCAAGGAGGCAGAACAAUAUCUCAAGGCCGGUGCCACACCAGAAGUGCAAGUUGUAGACGAAGUUUUGAAGGCUUUAAACAAUUUAACCAUUUCUGAAUUGAAGGAAAAGUUGGGAACAGCUGGAGCUGUUGGACAAGGUAAAGCUUUCAAAAACAAAUGGUUGAGCAAAGAUGGAGACAAGUUGAUUGCAAAUGUUGAAAAAUUACCUAAUGAUACAGUAUUAGAAGAAUUGAAGACUAUUAAAGAAACCGGUUCAUUAGAUGACAAGAAGGAAUUAACUGAAUUGAAAAAGAGAAAAUUGAUAAAUUUAACAAAAAUUGUUGGAUACAAGAUUGAAAAGGGUCCUAAAUUUGCUCUUGAGAUUGUUAAUCUUGAAACUGAUAUCACUUCCGAUAUGAUUUUGAAUAACUCAUGGAAAACUGCUCAAUUCAAACCAUACAAUUUCAAUUCAGAGGGUGUUUACCCGCAAUCAGGUGCAUUACAUCCAUUAAACAAAGUUAGAGAAGAAUUCAGACAAAUCUUUUUCUCACUAGGAUUUACUGAGAUGCCAUCAAAUCAAUACGUUGAGUCUGGCUUUUGGAAUUUUGACUCGUUAUUUGUUCCUCAACAACAUCCAGCUAGAGACUUACAAGAUACAUUUUAUUUAAAAGAUCCGGUAAAGGCUAAGGAACCAGAAGAUAAGGAAUACUGGGAGAAUGUAAAACAAGUACACCAAGAUGGGAAGUAUGGAUCCAUUGGAUACAGAUACCCGUGGAAAGCUGACGAAUCAUUGAGAAUGGUUUUAAGAACACACACCACCGCUAUUUCAGCAGCAAUGUUGUAUAAGUUAGCUAAGGACCCUAAACCUACGAGGUUAUUCUCCAUUGAUCGUGUUUUCAGAAAUGAAGCCGUAGAUGCUACUCACUUGGCAGAAUUCCACCAAGUAGAAGGUGUCAUUGCUGGAUAUGACAUUACUUUAGGUGAUUUGAUUGGGUUUAUGGAUGAUUUCUUCGGUAAGAUGGGUGUUGAUAACUUGAGAUUCAAAGCUGCCUACAAUCCAUACACUGAACCAUCAUUAGAAAUUUUUGCAUAUCACAAAGGAUUGAAGAAAUGGGUUGAAAUCGGUAACUCAGGUAUGUUUAGGCCAGAGAUGUUGGAGACUAUGGGUUUGCCAAAGAAUUUACGUGUUUUGGGAUGGGGAUUAUCAUUGGAAAGACCAACUAUGAUUAAAUAUGGAGUCUCUAACAUUAGAGAGUUAUUAGGACAUAAAGUAUCACUAGAUUUUAUUGAAACAAAUCCUGCUGCUAGAUUGGAUGAAUUGUUAUAG